AUGCCAUUUGACUAUUUAUUACGUUCUUCAACUGAUAUUUCCCUCUGUGAGCAAUUUUCCUGUCUGAGUUCUCGGCUUCGCGCUGUUCCAGCCCUUUUCACUGUUGUUGAGGAAGCACAGCAACCAAUAAAAAUUUGUGACGAGCGUAACACUGUUCAAUACGUAAACAAAGCUUUCGAAAUGCUUACGGGUAGAAAUCGAGCUGUUUUGUUGGGGUCUGAUGGUUCCAAUGAAUUUGGGGGAGGAGCUCAAAGAAAUCAUCAUCAUAGAGAACAACAACUACUUCCCAAUCAUAUAGCAACAGCUACAAUAGCGGCGAGUGCCACAGCAGCAGUAGCCCCCUCCUCUAUAUCUUGGAGUACUUCACUUCCCCCUCCUUCCCUUCCUCCUCCCCCACAUCCCCCUCCUGUAAUGACGGUUACAGGAACACCUCCAAUAGCUAGAGCAGAAAGUAUUUGUGAGGAAAUUUUGGAAAGAAAUACAAAUAGUCCAACAUUUCCUUUAAACGCUACGCGAAGAAGAUCAUCAGAUUGGCAAUGUAUUGCUGUACCUACAAGUUCGAAAAGGUAUUCAAUGCAUUAUUAUUUAUUUUCAGCUGCUUUCUUUCGUAAUGAACGCAGUGAAAAAGGUGGACGUUCUUCUAAUGCUGCACUUGCAUUAAAUGCCUUAGCGAGUAUAUUCCACCGUUGUGAUGAAGAAACUCAAAUACAAUUACGAGAAGCAAUGCGUAUUCUUUCUUCUUCAGAACUUUAUACUCCAACAAUUACUCGUUUUAGAGAAAAUGAUAGAAUAGCUAGUGGAUAUUAUGAUGGAUUAAUUAGGUUACACCAUCCAACUCGCCAACGUAAACGUUCUGUUGUAGAAGCCUAUCGUGACCACCAACAACGUAGAGCAUCUAGCGGUAGUUGUAUUAGUGGAUUAACAACAUUAGGAGUCGGAGGGGGAGGAACUUCUUCUUUACAAGAACAAAAACAAAAUUUAAAACGUCUUCACAAAAACGGAGAAGAAGAAAAGGAAGAAGAGGAGGAGGAGGAAGAAGAAGGAACAAAUAAUUUAUUAGAAAAUAUAAUUUUUAAACAAAAAGGGAGGAGAGUGUCAGCAGAAAUAUUUAAAGUUUUGGAGAAAGAACAUUGCUGGGAUUUUGAUGUUAUUGAAUUAGAAAGAGUUACAGAUUCACAUCCUCUGGCUAAUUUAGGGUUUAAAGUUUUUGAAAGAUGGAGUGUUUGUGAAGCUUUACAUUGCUCUUCUGAUGUAUUACAUAAGUGGUUAACAAUAAUCGAAGCUAAUUACCAAUCUGGUAAUGCUUAUCACAAUGCUACACAUGCUGCGGAUGUAUUACAAGCAACUUCUUAUUUUCUUUCUUCUGAUCCAGUUGGUCAAUUAAUUCAAGAUAAUCAUGCAUUGGCAGCAUUAAUAGCAGCAACAGUUCAUGAUUUAGACCAUCCUGGGAGAGGGAAUGCUUUUUUAAUGAAUACUAGACAACGAUUAGCUAUUUUAUAUAAUGACCAUUCUAUUUUAGAAAAUCAUCACGUAGCAUUAGCCUUUCAAUUAACACUUUCUCAACCUGGAGUUAACAUUUUUGCCCAAAUGCCACGUGAUGAUUUUGUUCAAAUGCGUCAAUCAGUUAUUGAUAUGGUUUUGGCAACAGAUAUGAGUAGACAUUUUGAACAUUUGGCUAAAUUUCAACAAUUAAUGGCUAUAUUACCUGGAAAUGCUGAUGAAGAAGCAGAACAGGAAGAAGAGGAGGAUAGGGAUACAAAUUCGAUGAUUAUUUGUAGAAUGAUGGUUAAAUGUGCGGAUAUUGCCAAUCCAACACGAGAAUGGAGAUUAUGUCAUGAAUGGGCUUUACGUAUUGUACAAGAAUAUUUUGAUCAAACAGCAGAGGAAGUUGAAAGAAAAUUACCUGUUACAAUGAAAGGAUUUGAUAGAGAAACCUGUAAUGUUCCUUUGACACAGUGUACAUUUGUUGAUAUGUUUGCCAGAGAAACAUUUACUGGAUGGUGCGAAUUUGCUGCCUUACCUCACUUGUUAACCCGUUUAGAAGAAAAUUAUGAAAGAUGGAAAACACAAGCUUCUGAUUGGGAACCACAACGAAAUAACGAUAAUGCUAAUUUACUUGCUUUGAGAGAAAAGCAAUGGAGAAGGAUAAGUAAUGGAUAA